GCAAAUGUAAUCGAUAUUACGAGAAUCGAUAUCGCUUUUUAGUCUGUCAAAUGGGUAAUGGCAGCGACGGCAGUUGAGAUGAUGUCGCAGGUCAAUGGGUUUCAGUCGAAAAAGAAGGAUGAGACCGAGAAUAAAGACAAUUUAUGGUCUUCUAUUUUGGCUGAGGUACAAAAUAGCGGGAACAACAAAUUACCAUCGAAUAAAAAUGUCCUUGUUUUAGGUGACAAUGAAAGUGGUAAAACGACACUCAUCGCUAAAUUACAGGGUGUUGAAGAUCCUAAAAAGGGAUCUGGCCUUGAAUUUGCAUAUAUAGAUGUGCGCGAUGAUUACAGAGAUGAUCACACAAGAUUAUCUGUAUGGGUUCUGGAUGGAGAUCCGGGUCAUGCGAAUUUAUUAAAAUACGCUUUGAAUGCUGAGCGGUUUCCACACACGCUCGUCAUGCUAGUAGCAGCUAUGACGACACCCUGGGCUAUACUUGAGCAGCUUCAAGCAUGGGCUGCACUUUUGGGUGAUCACAUUGACAAGUUAGCUCUAGACAAUGAUACUAGGCAGCAAUGUAGACAGCUCAAUGUAAAGAAGUGGCAGGAAUACACAGAACCGGGGGACGAGCUAGAUCCAGGAAGUCCACUGCGACGCACCAGUCGUAAUCUUGACGAUGAAGCUACAGAGUGUUUACCCUUACCAGAGGGAGUUCUAACCACAAACUUAGGCCUUGAUGUCGUUGUUGUAAUAACAAAAACAGAUUACAUGUCAACCUUGGAAAAAGAACACGAUUACAAGGACGAACACUUUGAUUUCAUGCAACAAUGGAUUAGGCGAUUUUGUCUUCAGUAUGGUGCUGGACUAUUUUAUACAUCAGCAAAGGAGGACAAGAACUGUGAUCUGCUAUACAAAUACCUUACACAUAGAAUCUACUCAUUACCAUUUAGAACACCUGCAUUAGUUGUGGAGAAGGAUGCGGUACUGAUUCCUGCUGGUUGGGAUAACAUGAAGAAAAUCAGCAUUCUCCAUGAAAAUUUGCAAUCAAUGAAACCUGAUGAUUAUUAUCGCGACGUUAUCGCCCAACCGGCAACGAAUCGCAAGUGUGUAGCCAGAGAGGUCGAAGUUCGUGCCGAAGAGGAGCAGGUUUUCUUAGCUAGACAACAAGUGGCAUUGUCUGGUCAGAAGGAUCCAACGCGUUCUCCAACAACUCGGAAUCAGGCAAGCCCUGGCCCUGUUAUACAGGUGGCCUCACCGAAUAAAAAAUUGGAUCCCAAGGGCACUGGAGCUACGCCCUCCGGUGAAGGGGUUUUAGCGAAUUUUUUCAAUUCCCUUUUACACAAGAAAACAGGAACAUCGCCAGGAGCACCUGGCUCACCAGGUAGCGUGGGUGGAAGUCCCAUGAAGAUAGAUUCGAUGAUCGCAGAUGGUGGACCGGUGGACAAGGCAGCUAUGCGUAAUGACGCCGCAGCUGAACUGGAUCGUAUAACGCGAACCAAAAAGAUACAAUCGCCGGGCUUGAACUCGUCGUCGGAAUGCUAAGGUAGCACAAAUGUGUAUACUUUGCGACCCAUUCGGUACGUUAUACGGGUUCAGGAACGCGUGGUAUUAGACCUUGAUUCUAUUGUCAUACAGGUACGCGGACUGAAUGAUUAUCAAUUACAUCUGCGCUCCGCGUGUCUAAUUAUACAAUACGUGUAACACAACGCAAAAAAAAGACAAGAAAUGCAUUAUGAUUUACAUGAAUGUUCUUCCCGGUAUCGCGACCUGCAAAAAAACAAACAAGAUGUCUACAGUGGAUUAUAUUUAAAAUGUCUAAACUAUAACAAUGAUUGCAAUUAUUUAUUUUUUUGUGCGAUUACGCAGAGAUUGGGUGUCUCGAGAAAUGCGCGAAUUUCAUGCGUCGACUUCGAUUACCUCGUUUGACUUCUUUCAACAUACUAGUGCUACCGGUUUUGCUAAAGCGAGUUUGAAACUUCAUAGAAUGCGCGACGUGCUCAAUGAAUUUGUCUAAUUUCAAAGAGCUAUGUAUUUCGUGCAUUACAGUAGCUUCGAACGGUACGUCAAGGUUGAUUAUUAACGAUAAAAAUACAUGGAAUAUGUGUAUAUAAAUAUAUAUAUAUAUACAUA